GGGUAGGCACCCAACAUGCAGCGGUCGGCCCUGCAGUGUGUGCUGGUCCUGGACAGAGAGUGGAUUGUGCACAGUGAGGAGAGUUAGAAUGCGAGACACAUAGCACCAGGACGAGAUGGAAAGCUGUCUUCAAGAUGUGUCACUGCGGGACUGAACUCUUCAACACGAUGUUGCUGCUCUUUGUCGUCAUAGCUGCUGCACUUGUCCACACGGCCAGCGCGUCAGAACAGAACACGAAAAACUGCAGCGCACGCUUCCAGACAUGUUCCUCGGCAGAGAGGCAGAGACGGCCGCUGUGUGGCACCGACAACGUGACAUAUGCCAGCCGGUGUCACCUGAUGAGACAACAAUGUCAGGGCUCACAGGUCGCCAUACAGCAUCGUGGCCCAUGUACAGUUCAGCUGUGUUUGGGACAGGUCUACGCGAGAAGGAACCGACAGCCCCUAUUGUUCGUGCCCACUUGUCUGCAGGACGGCACAUUCGCCCCCGUCCAGUGUCACGCCGAAACGGGGUACUGCUGGUGCGUUACCCCAGCCGGCAAACCCAUCCCUAAUUCCUCGCUCCGCAACGCCCGCCCUAACUGCAGGAGAAGAGGAAAACCCAACACAAGGCGUCGAACUUCCGCCCGACGUCGAAAACAAAAGAGAGUCUGCGGCAGCGAUGAGAGGUCAAUGUUCAACAACAACCUCGUCAAAAUUUUCAAGACCGAAUACAAUAGAGUGGCAACUGCAGUCGCUACAGAUGUCGACGGGCAUCCAACGUCUCAGGACUUGGAUCGGCAGGUUCUGGACUGGAAGUUCUCGGUGAUGGACAAAGACAAAGACAACUUCCUGGAGAAGACGGAAUACCGGGACCUGCGCCGACUAGUGAAGAAGGUCGUGAAGCCCAAGCGCUGCGCCAAAACAUUCACGAAGCUCUGUGAUAUGGACAGCGACCAACGAAUCUCACGGGAAGAAUGGGUCUCUUGCUUGGGACUCGACUUUAAUCUCUCUUUCCAUUUGUUCUUGUCCCUGAACUCAGAUGAGAGCCAGCAGGAGGGCGGGGCUGAGAAGAUGGAGAACAAAGUAAUGCAGGAGACUGUCACAACCCUCACAGAACUUCUGCCAAAUCUCGACGAUGACUCGUCACUAGAAAGACACGACGAAUCUGAAGGAAAUGACUGUCAUUCAGACAGAAAAGCAGUUUUGGAAGAACAGAAAAUCAACUACAGUGAAUUCUAUGUACCAGAAUGUACACCAGAUGGACGAUACCAAACCAUACAAUGCUACAAAUCUACAGGUUACUGUUGGUGUGUGCAUGAGGACAGUGGGAAGCCCAUACCAGGGACGUCUGUGAAGGAUCAGGUGCCGAAGUGUGAUGCCAUAUCCACACCCCUGCGUCCUAUGAGCGGUUGUCCUGAUCCUCGUAAACAAGCUUUCCUAAAAGAGUUAAUGGAGUUGAUGAAGAAGAAGAUGGAAGCCUCAACAGAUCAGACAAGCACAGAGAGCUCUUCAGUACUCAUUAAGGAAACAUGGCAAGAGUCCACUGAGGAACAAAUUGCAGCAUGGAACUUCCUUAUGUUGGACAAGAACAAGAACAAGGUACUAGAAAGGAAAGAAUGGAAAAACUUUCGAGUCCUAGUAUCUUCAAAGCCUCAGCUACGUCGCUGUGGUAAGCGUCUACCGCGCUACUGUGAUGUCAACAAUGAUCGCAAAAUCAGCAUCACAGAGUGGCUGAACUGUCUCAGCACACAGCGCACCAAUACAGUACCUGUGAAUACAACAUCAGCAUCAAGAAGGAAAGGUCUCAACCCGCUUCAGGUAUACCUUAAGGAAGAAGACUAGGAAGACCUGACAGCAUUUAAAAUGUUUUACGUAAUCAAAAGUGUACUCAUUUGCCAAGACAUUAUGCAUCAAGAACAUCACAAUUUUUUUUUGCUUUCUGUAAAAUUUAUCAUGCAGAGUAUUAUUCAGUUUUUUUUUAAUAUUCAUAAUCAGUAUCACUCUGAAAGAAAUCUAUAGAAUUAAUUAAUUUUAUAUGAUGUGCCAAUAAUUAAAUGCAACAAGUGAGAAUCAAUGAAGUGUGUGCAUGUGCGUAUGGGUGUACUAUGAACAUCUUCCUGUGUCCACGUGAAUGUUUUUAUUAAGUCAUAUUUCUGUGUUUAUUUAUUAUUGUAAUUGACAUGUGCAUUAAAAGUUUGUAUACUACA